AUGGCCGCCCCUAACCAGGUGAAUUGCGCCGACUUCGCGAAGCUCGCUGCGGACGAGACGAGCCCGCUGAUGCUGGUCGGCAACAAUCUGCUGCUGAUCCCGCUGCUCAUCAUCUUGCUGAUGCUCUACAUGGGGCCGCUGAAGAGGCUGACCGCCCUGGUGGACCAGCUCGAGAAGAACUUCUGCGUGCUGUGGGAUGCGACACUGCAGACAAAGCCGCCACCGCCGAUCGUCCGCGCCAUCAACGAGGCUGCCCUCGAGAGCAGCGCCGCCCAGGUGGCCACGAGCGGCUCGGUGAUGAAGAAGGUGCAG